AUGGGUCUUUCACCAGAAGCCCGAAAGGCGAGACGGGCGGGGGCACGGCGCCUCUCUGGACAGUUCGACGAUUCCAGAAAGGAAGUGGGUCGGCGGUCUGCGGGGCAGAAGCGGGGUACGAACGACGGAAGACGGGAACGGAUGCAGGCCUCUGAGGACACAGCUCGGCGCCGGCGACGCAGUGCUGGACGAUCCUGCUCGGGUCCGGAAAGGACGGACAUGCAUGCCCUACAAAGCACAGAAGUCGAGGCAAGCUGUGGGAACGGCGAGGAGAGACGGAGAAAGCGCGGGAGACCGAGGCGCGUACCGGGGCCCUCAACUCUCUCUUCUCUCGCCCCUCGACCAAAACAGGAACACGCAGCGACGGCGGGGCUCGGGGGCCGAGGCGAGCGCCGGGGAGGGCGCAAGAGAGUGAAGAGAGUCGCGUGGAAGAGACAGAGCGAGGCAGUCGAGAAUGGACACGAGCAAAAGCGAGGCAGCGGCAGAAAGGAAAAACGGAGACUGUCGCUUCCGCCCUCUCCUGUGCAGGACUCCGUGCUAGCCGGAGGCCCUGGAAAUGCGGGGCGAAUCGCGGCACAGAAAUCGCCAGAGACACUCGGCGACCCAGCUGCGUCGGCGUCCUUCACAGCUCGAGGCAGUCCCUCACGCAGGGAAACGCUUCGAACCAAAGAGGAGGAACGAGUUCUCUCUGAGGCGCAAGCGACUGAGCGCGGAAGAGACAGGAAGAGGAGUGGAGGCGCGGGUCGAGACGGCUCGCCCGAAGCAGGUACCGCCUCUUUUGUUUUGAGUCAGAAUGCGCAGGGCGACGCUCAGUCAGGUCGGUCUUGUUACGGAAAAGAGACGCACAAGCUGGGGAGCGAUAAAGGUGCCGUUCGAGACGGAACAGCCCUUUAUUCCUCGCCCGCUUGCUUUCUUUCCUCGCCGCCAACCGCAUCUCCCGACCUCGUUCUAAAUCCCGGAGAGUCACUUCCUUCUCCAUGCCUCGAGCCGCAGCCGUUGUUUUCUCUCCCGUCGUUUCCCUCUCUCCCAUCGUCGAUCCCUCCCGUUCAAGUCCCCGCUGACGGUCGUCCCCCGGCUCCCGCUUUCCAACACCGUGACGUCGGAGACGACGCCUUGGUCCCCGAGGGUGCAAAGAUGUCGAAUUUCUCAAACCCACAGCUGCUGCCGAUGCGCCUUCUUCAGAUGCUGCUCCAGCGGAAAAACGUGGCGACGCAGCCCGCGUCUUCCUCCAGCCAGCAGCCGUCCACAGAGCCCGCCUCCUGUACCUUCUCACCUCCUUCGUCUUCCUCGGCAACAUCUCUGUCUUCUUCGUCUCCGUCAGCCCCGCAGGCGACUGCGAGGGUCAAUGUGCACACACUCUUCGCCUCGUGUGGCGUCAGGCGACCGGGAGAGACGAGGUGUUUUGUGAGGGAAGGCCCAGAGGACUUCGUUCCCGACUACGGAGCUAAGGAAGAGGCAAACAGUUCAACGGCCUCGUCGACACGGUCGCGCUCUCCAACUGUAUCUCUCUCUUCCUCUUUCCCGCCCCUUUGGUGUCCGGGAGGUGUCGCUUCUCUCGUUCCCUCAGAGGCGUCCGGCGACCCGGAAGUCCGUCCAAGCCUCUUCUCUGUCGCCGUCUCUCCCUCGCCUUCCCCUGACUUCCCUUUGUCCCCUCCAGUCGCCCUGGAUCCCGCGACUGCAUGCGGGGAGGCGUCUCUCCCAAGCGGCGGACAGCAUUUCCCAGAGUGCACAGUGGGAGAGAGUGGAGAGGGAGAAAAACAGGAGCGUUCGGCAAGUCUCUCGGGAAACUGUGAAGACAUGAGAGUUCGCUCGUUCUCCCCUCUGGAGACAGCAGAGAGAAACGGCGAGGCAGAGGGAAGUGGACGGAGCGACGAGGGCCAAGUCGCGAAGACGCUCGACGGGGAACGAGCCGACGAGCAGACGACGUGCCUCGCCCCGUCGCCGCCCGCCCCUCACCGCCUUUCCGUGUCUUUGGCGAGCGGCGACGCAGCCGCCGUCCUCGCGCAGGGCGAGGAGCCUUCCACGGACUGGCCUCGCGACAGCCCCCGAGAGCCGCUCUGUGGUGUCUCUUCUGAAGAGACACUGCUGGACCCUCCUGGACCAAACAGGUGCUCCGAGGAGGGACAGCGAAGCGAUGCGUCGCCUGCCUUCAGACCCGCCCUAGGCGAGGGCGCAAACGUGGCGCAGCGGUCUGGGGCAACUCCUCUUCUCCACUCCUCGCCGCCCCAGGCGAGGGAGAACGCUGUAGACUGGCCUGUGCCUGGCGUGCAAGGCGACAGCGAGGCAGGAUUGGGGGCCGGAGACGCGGGAAAGGAGGCGAAUGGAAACGCGUUUGGCGACGGGUCGUUCGAACGAUCGCCGCGCCGGAUUCCAAACAGUCUGCCGCCAGCACCACGGAGCAGAACGGACUCUGAAACAUCAGAUGAAGAGGAAGAAUCGGAGGGCCCGUGGGGCUCCGCCGAGGCGCCGGACGCAUGCAGCGGGGCGACUGCGCCUUCGGUCCUCUACCGAAAUGCCGGUCUGCCAGAGAAGGCGAGGGGAAGCGAGCCGACCAACAGCAUGUUCGACUUUGUCGAGGCAAACCGGCUCCGCGGCGGGGCGCCCGCCACUUUGCUGUCAAGCUUUCCUGGUUCGGGCGAACGGGGCUGGGGCGCAGAAGCCGGCGAGACAGGGAGAGCGAAAAACGGCACGCGGGACGGCCGGUUUUCCGCGAAGAAGCGCGUGGCUUUGAAGACAGCUGAGGACCCAGGCCUCGCUUCCUCUGCGGAUUCCGGCGCCGUGCCUGUUCGACGCCUCUCGAUAAAGGACUUCUUCAGGAAGCACUACAAGGGCCCGGCACUGCCUGUGCACCCGUCCUGUGCGUUGGCCUUCGGGACCAGCAGCGAAAGCGAGGGCGAGGAAGGCGGCAACGGCAAGAAAAAGAAGAAGGAGAGGCGGGUCAACGUCGGAGCUGCCGACGCGCUGUGGCAACCUCACUUCCAUCCUCACAAUCAGGAAUUUCGCGUGCGGUACAGAUACAAAGGCAGCAUGAGACUGAAGACGAUUUCCUGCGCGCGGUUUGGCCGCGAAGGGGCGAAGCGCCUGACAGCUGCGUUCGUGGAGAGGUGGGACCUGACAGGAAGACGGAUAGCGGCGAAGACGCACCGCUCGCGGCUGGCCCUUGUUGACCUCCCCCAGGACACACAUCUGCUCCCCGGCUACGACAAGAAGCGCAGUGGACUCGCGUCGACUUUGUGCUUGUCGGCUACGUGUCCCUCUUCAGGCCAGGCCUUCCCGUCGCCUGGCUUCUUUGCUCGCACCCCGCAGCUCGGACUCUCUCCCUUUUCCUAUCUCGGGCCGCAGGCUGGGCAGUCUCUCUCUGUCUCGGGUCCGGCGCCCCUGCCUUUCGACCCGUCCACGGCUGCGUCACUCGUCCCCCCUUCCUCGUUCCCCGUCGCUUCCCGGUUUCCCCUCGCCCACGCGAAAAAGAUUCAGCCUCUCUUCUCGAGUGCGAAGCCCCAGCUUCCCGUCCACGGCGGAGGGGGAGCAGCCAGCGCGCAUGCAGUCGCCGGCAACUCCCUGCUUCUGAAUCAGGCCGCACGCGGCCUUGUCGGCGGGGCUCUACUCUUGGCACAUGAGGCGACCCCUGGACGCCUCCUGGAUCUUUCCUCGCUCGAACUGCUUUCUGCCAGCCCCCAGGCAGCAGGCGCCGCUGGCCCCAAGGGUGUCUUUGCCCAGGGGCUCACUUCCGCGGGUAUGGCCUCGCCUCCACGAGCUCGGCGCCUCGACCUAGCUCAUCUCCGCCGCGCCUCUCCCCUCCUCUCUUCCACGUUUCUCUCUCCAGCGACUCCCGCACCCGUCCUUCCGUGUUCUGUCCCGGCAGCUUCUCCCCGCUCUCUGGCCUGCGGUGCGGCCUUCCAAAACCCUUCGCUCUCCCAACUCCCUGGACGUUCCGUUGCCGCGGCUCGGUCUCCGCCUCGCGGUCCGCUCUCUGCUUCACCGCUGCCUCUGGCGCCUUCGUCUCCGCUUCUCGUCGCUACCUCGACUUCCUCCUCCGCGACCCCGCCACCUAGCGGCGGCGAGACGUAUCAGGCGCCGGCCGCGCUCUGUUCCCCUGAGAACGUCGUCCGGGGAACCCAUGGCUCUGGUUCACCCCUCCUGUCCGGCUCUUCUGCGUCCGCCCCUUCUUCGUCUCCCGCUGCCUCGUUCACCCUCACCUCUCUCUCUUCCCGUGCCUCGCUGCUUUCUCCCCUCCUCUCAGAGCCUGCAAAACUGGCGCAAGCACGUCCCAAAGGCGUCGAUCUGCAGGCGCUUUGGCUGCAUCUCCAGAAUCAGUUUAGAGCAACGUCGAAGGCCGCAACAGAGUGGUCUGCCUGCCUAGAGAACAGGACCACCGGGACUGCUUCACCCCUCCACAGCGUUGCCCAAGGAACAGAGCGUGCAGGCGCCAUGGACAUCCAGAGGGCAGCGGCGGAACCAGGAAACUCACGGCCUGGUCUGACGGCAGGCGAACGGGCCGAGAAACGGCGGAGCGGAAUCAAAGAGACAGAAAGGCUAGAAGAGGGAAUGUGCUCUCCUCCUUUGGCAACGCGGAGCGGAGCCGAGAGUGAACCAGCAAAGGAAGAAGAGAGAGGCCACGGUCAGCAAGAGGGAAGUGCUCACCAUCUGCAGCCGGUGAACGCGACUGGCGCAUAUGACCUACGAAGAGAACAGUCGCGUGUCCAAGUGCUCCAUGGAGGCGAGAGAAGCCACGAGUCACCGGAGACACUCGGCCCACUACCAACGAGCGGAGAGCGACCGUUUUCGGGCGAGACAGAAGAGCGCAACGAGCAGUUGCCUCAGCAGAAAGGCUGGCCGAAUGUUGCGGGGCGCCAGCCGCCAACGAAUCCCAGCUUCCCAGGUGUACAGGCAAUCGGUUUUGGGCCAGCGGCGAACCUUCCGCCUGCCGGUCAUGCUACGGUUGUCGGUGCAGUGAGUCAUCUGGUAUCUGCCGGAGGUGCCCUCGAGAAGGCGAAUAAAAGUUGA